GUAAACCCGGGGCUGCCGCGGGCCGCUUCUGCUUCCGGGUCACGCCUUGACAGCGGCUUCCCGGCCCGAUCUGCCCCGCGGUUCGGCAGUUUGGAGCAUGUGAACAUCCUCUGAGCCUUGAUGAGUUCCAGCAUGUGGUAUAUUAUGCAGAGCAUUCAGAGCAAAUACUCCCUCUCCGAACGCCUGAUCCGAACAAUCGCCGCCAUCCGCUCCUUCCCACAUGACAACGUAGAGGAGCUCAUCAGGGGGGGAGCAGAUGUGAACUGCACGCACGGCACACUGAAGCCCCUGCACUGUGCCUGCAUGGUGUCCGACGCUGACUGUGUGGAGUUACUCCUGGAGAAGGGAGCAGAGGUCAAUGCCCUGGAUGGUUACAACCGAACAGCCCUCCACUAUGCAGCAGAGAAAGAUGAGGCUUGCGUGGAGGUCCUGUUGGAAUAUGGGGCAAACCCCAAUGCACUGGAUGGCAACAGAGACACCCCGCUUCACUGGGCAGCUUUUAAGAACAAUGCUGAGUGUGUGCGGGCUCUCCUGGAGAGCGGGGCCUCUGUCAAUGCCCUGGAUUACAACAAUGACACGCCACUCAGCUGGGCUGCCAUGAAGGGAAAUCUCGAGAGUGUCAGCAUCCUUCUUGAUUAUGGUGCUGAGGUCAGAGUCGUCAACUUAAAAGGCCAGACACCCAUCUCCCGCCUGGUGGCUCUGCUAGUUAGAGGACUGGGAACAGAGAAGGAAGACUCCUGCUUUGAGCUCCUCCAUAGAGCUGUUGGACAGUUUGAAUUAAGGAAAAAUGGCAUCAUGCCACGAGAAGUGACCAAAGACCAGCAGCUGUGCGAAAAACUGACUGUGUUGUGCUCAGCACCAGGGACUCUUAAAACCCUCGCCCGCUAUGCUGUGCGCCGCAGCCUGGGUCUCCAGUACCUGCCUGAUGCAGUGAAGGGUCUCCCCCUGCCAGCAUCUUUGAAGGAGUACCUGUUACUCUUAGAGUAGCCUGGAGGAAACAUUUCUGCCAUCAUGCAGACAACUCUGGGUGAGGUUUUCUUUGCAGUACUGUCUCUUUGUUGUGGAACACAGAAAAGAACUUGUUUCUGUUGUGUGGUUUAUAGAUUCUGAGGCAACACAUAUCAGUAAUGUAUGUACCACCUCCCCUCCCAUACCAAGCAACCCAACCAAAAAAUUUACCUCACUUCUGUUUCCUGUUUCAUUGCUUAGUUGCCUUUUUAUAUUCAACCCUGCAAAAGAAGUCUUCCCCAAGUCCUCUGUCGGAAACUUUAGUCAGCAGUGUAACUCUGUUUCCUAGGCAGAUGUAAAGUACUUAGAUUACGUGGUUUCCCUCUGGGGCCAUGGUGUAGCAUUGUGAAAGAGUUCCUUCGGAAAAGUUCUAGUUGAUCUGAAGUUUAAGAAAUCCACUCUCCAAUUAACAAGAAUUAUGUUCCAAGGAUGAGUGCUUAAACUUCAGACAGGGUGUGGAUUCAGAACCUGGCAUUCAGGAGCACUGGCUCUUUCCCAUGUGGUACCCAGGGGUUAGUCAUCCAGCAGUGGGACUUCACAGGGAUAUCUGGCUGCUCCCCAUGAGAAGAGACACAAAUUCCCAGCAGUCUCAGGAUUGCCGGGCCAGCCUUCUAAUGCGGCUCUUUCCCUGAAAGCUUCUUUGCACUAAUGAGCUGAACAAAUGUCCUGUACCUCGAUUAAGGCCUCUCUAGUAAGGGUGGAGAGUGGGCAGCACUACCUUCUCCAGAGAGCUCCGUUCCCUAAGAGUUUGCAGUUGGUUUUUUCCUCCUCUUGGAACCUUUGCUUUUUGUUGAGCUAUAGAAAAUGGUGGGGUAAGUGGAGCCGGGGACGGAAUACAAAAGCGGUUCUUUGGCACUGGCCCGCCUACCCUAAAAAGACCCAUUUCUGUGAACAAUGCUCUUCCUUUUCAUGUUCUUAAACUAGAUGAAGUUGAUUUUGACCUUAAGUGAUCUGUAUGCAAGUUUGGAAGUCACUUUUUAAAAAGCUGGCUGGAGACGACACCCAAAUGAAUAGGACCUUCUGACGCAGCCAGCUCAAAAAGUGUGCCUGCUUUUGUUUUUGCUGUUGCUGGGGUUUGCCCAUUUGAAAAAAGAAUAAAUAAUUCUAAAAGCAAA